UAACAAUCAUAUGGAUUCCAACUAAUCCUUUUUCAGCUCAAAUUAAUCACUUACUCCAUCAUCUCCUUAAAAGACUAGGUAUUUUGAUAUUUUUUAUCAAAGACCUCUUCCAAGUCCUUCCUUAGAAAGUCUAGAAGACUUCAAUUUAAACGACAUAUUGUCAGUAGAAGAAAACUCAAGAAAGUCUUCAGGCUAAAGGUUUGACAAACCUGUUUUAGUAAUUGAGUAUUUGGUGGAAAAACUAAAAGACUAUGAAUGAACUUUAAAGGAAUAAAAAAACUUCAGAAAAAAAGAGAAAGAAAAACAAAAUAAUCACUAAUAUGUAUAAAUAAUUUUUUUUCUUUCAUUCUCAU